AUGAAUGUUUCCAUCCGUGUUUAUGAGAUGGGCGGACGAGGGGUGGUCUCUCGUUUGGCUUGUGCCGUUACGCCUACUCUAGCUCCCACAGCCAUGGGAUCCGCCAGAAGACACUCCGUCCGAAAUUCUUCAAAUCCCAUUGAGGAACGAGAAACAAGUAAACAUGAUUCAUUGGGAGAUCGAGCUUCUUCUAAACUGACACUCGAUGACGAAUUAUUUGACAUUCUUUAUGCUUUCGGUGAAACAGAUGUCUUUCUUGGGAAAUCUGAUGCAAAAGAGAAUGAGACCGAUGACGAUGGAAAACCCCUCACCAGACAAGCUUUGCUGGAACGGAUAAGACAGAAAAAGGAAGUUAUAGGUAAAUUGCGUUGCCAAGCAUGGAGUAUGAACCGAAAACGGAGAACGUUGAAAUUGGCUCAAAAGUAUCUGGAGCAGAAUGAGUCGAAAGUUUCGAAAAGCCAUCUGUAUAUGGAAGAGAUGAAGAAACGUUUAAGACUGCUUAAACGUAGUUUUUCGAACUUCAAAACUUAUUUAAUACCCUGGGAAGGUAAAAUCAAAAAGAUUGAAAGUCAUUUUGGUUCCGUCGUCUCAUCAUAUUUCACUUUUCUUCGUUGGAUUGUCUUUGUUAAUGUUAUUAUUACUUUGAUUAUUUUUGCUUUUAUCGUUCUGCCAGAGAUUCUGGCUGAUGCAGCAGCCGAUCUUGGUCGACAGAACCGAACGGGUACAAGGAAAGUCAUUCCUGAAUAUGAGCGUGUUCAUGCUGAUAAACUAGCAGUUGUUUGGCAUUAUGAUGGUUAUCUUCGAUAUUCUCCCUUGUUUUACGGCUAUUACUCAGAUGAUGCUUUUCUUGGCGAAAAAGUUCGCUACGCCUUACCAUUAGCAUAUUUUAUAGUAACGUUAUUCAUAUUCGCUUAUAGUUUUUUUGCUAUUUUGAGAAAAAUGGCUGGUAAUGCUAGAAUGUCUAAGCUAUCCGGCAGUAGAGCUGAACAGUAUAUUUUCAAUUGGAGACUUUUCACAGGAUGGGAUUAUUCAAUCGGAAAUUCUGAAACAGCAUCGAAUACUGUUAUGGCUAUAGUUAUCAAGCUCAGGGAAUCUGUAGCAGAUUGUCGCGUAUCCACAACAGCUAAGUUCAGCUGUUUGAAGUUUUCCUUGCGAGUAUUUGCGAAUAUUAUAAUUUGCGGAAUGUUAGCUUUCUCCAUAUACUGUAUAUCAUUUGCUGUUCAAAAAUCUCAAACAGCUGUAGAACAGGAGGGAAACUUAUUCACAAAAAAUCAGGUCCCUUCUGUCGUUUCCACUAUCACUCACGUCUUUCCUAUGAUUUUUGAUUUGAUUGGUCGUAUUGAGAACUAUCAUCCUAGAACAGCUCUCAGAGCUCAUUUGACAAGAGUUUUGGUGCUGUAUGUUUUAAAUUAUAUGACUCUGAUUGUUGCCCUUUUCGACAAAAUGGAUGCCAUCCGUAAAGAACCAACAGCCAGUUUGUUUCGUUACAAACGACAGAUGGGCUCAAGAAAUCCCAAUAUAGCCCGACCUCCUCCAUUUGCUAGCCGAACUUUUGAAAACCGAUCUCAAAUGCUUCGCUUCAUGGAUAUUGCAAGACAAAACUUCGAAGUAAAUCGAACAACACGAUCAGCCCCCACAACAGCUUUCACAGUCGCACCUCAAUAUGGUCCUCUGUCCGUCAACAAUCCCAAUGCUCUGCUUCGUAAUGGAACGUUUGAUCGAAGUUUCGAAAGUCGUAGAAUUGGUCCUGAGCCUCUUCCCAUUUAUACGCCGCCUCCCCGAAAGUUUCCACCGCAUUCUAAAGGAGAUGUCGAGCAGCAAUUUGGAGGUCCUGAUUUCCAGUAUACAAGAACAACACAGCCAUCAACAUCGCUUCCAAGAGUUCGAACAAAACCACCAUGGCAAAAAAACAAAGAAAGUACAGAGUUAACAAAGCCUGACCCUACAGCUUCUAUGAAUAACAGAGUUGAUGAUCAUUUGGGAGAUCAGAUAGAUAUAGAGGAAAUUCCUGCUAACAAUAACUCACUCAUACUACCUCAUGCUGCUGAGCGUAAGAGCACAUCUGAUGAUUCGUAUGGAGCAGACAUUUGCUGGGAAACCAUCAUCGGCCAAGAAAUUGUAAAACUUGUAACUAUGGACCUUAUUGUGACUAUCAUAUCUAUUUUACUUAUUGAUUUCUUCCGUGGUCUAUGGAUCAGACAUUGCGCAUCGUGGUGGUGUUGGGAUAUUGAGACCACAUUCCCCGAAUAUGGUGAAUUCAAAGUUGCUGAAAAUGUUCUCCACAUCAUAAACAAUCAGGGAAUGAUUUGGUUAGGACUAUUCUUUGCUCCCAUGUUGCCAGCACUAAACAACAUAAAACUAAUAAUCAUAAUGUAUAUUCGAGGAUGGGCUGUCAUGACUUGCAAUGUUCCUGCUCGAGAGAUAUUUCGUGCUAGUAGAUCCAGCAACUUUUAUCUUCUAAUUCUUUUACUUUGGCUUCUUCUCUGUACUCUACCAGUUGGAUUCGUAAUUGCAUCCACAAAACCAUCUAGGAGUUGUGGACCAUUCGCAAGACAUGAUCAUUUUUACACCGUUGUCACCAAUGAAAUAGAGAAAAGGGUUGACCAUACCAUCCUAUCCUAUAUUCGCCAUGUUGCUUCACCUGGAGUUGUCAUUCCUAUUUUACUCUUCCUCAUGUUAAUCAUUUACUUCCUUGUGUCUUUAGUUAGGGGGUUAAGAGAAGCUAACACAGACUUACAACAACAACUUGUCCACGAAAGAACCGAAGAGAAAAAGAAGAUUUUCGAACUUGCUGGAGGUGGAAAGAAAAAAGAAGCUGAACGAGAGCGAGACAAACGCAAAAUUAUGCAGUACCUUCCAACAAUUGAACAGAAGCGGAGAGAGCCGUGGAGAGCUUAUCACGAGAUGGAAGAGCCACUUCGCGCUUCUGAUUCUUCUGACAGUGAAGAAGAUGACGAUGUGGAAUCUCCGGAUAUGAUGGCCAAGUUCUCGCCCCCUGUAGUUCCAUCAAGUACAGCAGAGACAGUGGCUGUUAUGGAGUUCCAUCCAUCUUUAGCUUCUUUGGAAGAAAACGCUGAUGAAGAGGAAGAAGAGCUGCAACCAGCUAGACCUAUCCCUCACUCGAUAUCUAUGACAUCCAAUUCGAAAGUUCGCUUUGAUUCUCCCUGUGGAAGCUUUGAUAUUCAAAGCAAUGUUAUUGACGUCGCAACCCCAGAGGAAAUACGAAUGGUGUCUUCGCAAGCUCUCAGAGAAGAUCAGGAGCUUCGUCCAGAAGUAUACAGAUCCGUUCCACCUUCCUCAUCCAGCGAGUUGACAGAUGCGGAUAUCAAACAAGGAAAUAAAUACAAAUCAAAUGAUACAAACAGCCAAUUCCAACCAUGGCCUUCCAUUGAUGAAGUUAAAGCCAGGAGGGAUCAGCUGAUGAAAAGAUCCCCUUUAGCAUUUGGAAAAUCUAUUCCUCACACAACGAUUCCUGCAUCUACGGAUAUUCCUAGUAAUAGUAGUAGUAAUAGUAGUCAUAGUAACAACAACAAUCGUCCUGGGCCUUCAAAUAUUCAUCGGGAUUCCAGACCUCCCAUUCCACAACAUCGCAAGUUUGAACAUGAAACUUGUUCCCCUUCUGAGCAGACCAAUCCGGCUGACAGACGGUCUACCUCACCUACACGUAGAUUCCGUAUCUCUGUUUCACCCACACGGCGAGUUAUGGCUGAAGAUUUAGACAGAUCAUCACCUUCAAAGCGAGUUUAUAUAAUAAAACAAGAAUCAGCUGCUCCAUCUUCAUCUUCUCUGCAAGAGAAGAAGCCUUCUCCCCGAGCCCCUAGAGUUGAGUUCGGAGAUGAUGAUAGUCCCCGAGUUCAAAAUUAA